CGACAGGACUGAAGGGAGGCCAGUGGAAGUUAGACUGUGGUGAUGUUAACACGGCUUGUGAACGUUCACCUUCCUUCCACCAGAAGCACGAACGGCAGCAGGUGGAAGGGAGUCAUCAAAAUGCCAAGGAAACCAAGACUCCCCGCUCUUCUCGCCUACGUGUUCUUCAUUUCUCUUGGCCUCCUGUUGUAUGUGGCUGCCAGGGGACCACAGCAGGAGAUAGAGGGCGUGGCGGAGGAGUCCUGGAGUGCUGGGACGGGGGAGGAGGCCAGGGCGCAGGCGGAAGCAGGCAGGAGUGUCAAGAGGAGAGGAAGGAACAAGGAGCUGCCUGCGAAUCCUCAUGAUUACCAUAUGAUGAUUAACAAAGCGAAUCUGUGUGCUGGUGAAGAGAAGGUGUGGCUAUUGGUGGUGGUCAGUUCGGCCGUGCCAAACUUCCUGAGACGGCGUGCCAUUCGCGAUACCUGGGGAAGUACUAGUGCCUUGUCCCCGUCCAAUGCUAAGCUGGUGUUUCUUCUUGCCAAUCCCAACGACAGUGAGCUUCAGAGACAGGUGGUGGAGGAGUUCAGGACGUACGGGGACAUCCUGCAGGAGGACUUCGUGGACUCCUAUAUGAACCUGACCCUGAAAAGUGUGAUGGGACUCAAGUGGGCAUCCACCUACUGCAGCCAAGCCCAGUACCUCCUGAAGACUGACGAUGAUAUCUUUGUGAACGUGCCUGUGCUUCUCACUUAUCUGCAGGAGGCCUCCAAGACACGCUGGAUUACAGGUUGUAUCAAGCAGAAGAAAGCUUUCCGCCCUGUCAACGCCGUGCCUGGAAUGCCUCCCCCCGCACACCCUCCCUUUGUCGCCGGGGCAGGUUACGUCAUAUCGGGGGACUUGGUCAAGGAGAUGUACGAGGCGUCCUUGGAAACACGUCCCAUACCUGUUGAGGACGUGUACAUAACAGCACACCUCGGCAGGAAAGUGAAUGCCCACCCGCCUAUACACGACGCGCGUUUUACCUGCGGCGAGAAGGUCAUGGAUGAUUGUGAUUUGGCCCAGGCGUUCACUGGUCACCAUAUCGGGCCGGAGAGGAUGUACCGAGUCUGGGAGAAGCUGAACCCAAAUGGCAUCACAAGUCCCUGCUUCGAUUUCUAACAAGACCCCCUACUGGUGGAAAUUCAAGGUUCCUUAUCUCGUACUGGUGAAAAUUUGUGCUUCCUCAUCGGCUAUUGGUGGAAAAUCUGGCUUUCUUGUCUCCUUUUGGUGAAAAUCCCGACUUCCUCAUCUCCUAUUGGAGGAAAACCUGGACUCUUCAUCUCCUAUUAAUGGAAAUCUGGUUUCACUUAUUGGGCGAAAUUUGUGCUUCAUCUCUUACUGGUGGAAAUUUGUACUUCUUCAUCGCUUAUCGGUGGAAAUCCUGUGUUGUGAUUGAAGGAAGCCGUUGUGUGUCUGAGUUGUGAUUCGCCAGAACUACUGUCUGUGUGAGCUUUGAUUAGUGAAAGUGGUGAAGUGUUCUGAGAGGAGAAUUGUAUGGUGUUUUAUGAGUAAUGAUUGGUGAAGAAUUUACUGUCUUUCUUAUGGUGUUGUGGUGCUGACUGGUGAACCUCAAGUGUCUUACUAACUAGAACUCAAGACUAAUAAGACUGGGAUAUACUGGAAAUGUCCGGGAAAGCAAAAUGACGACAGGUAACUGGAGGACAAUAUUAGGUAUAUUACGUUUAUCCAUCGCUUUGUCUGGUAUGAAUAGUAUUACAAGGUAUGUUUGGGCAGUAAGGAGAGUCCAGUCACAUAGCCUGGUAUUUUGAAAUGCUUUGCUCUCUCUCUAACCACGAAUAUUUUCAAAGGCCACAGAGAUAAUUACCAGGAAUCUGAAGUGUUUCUCUUCUUAAUAACGUAGAAAUCUUAUAAAUCUGCCAGUGAAGACCGUAAAAACACUCUUAAAACUCGUACAACUUCAACUAGAGCCUUUUAAAAGUAUUCGGGGUGUGGCCCAUAAGUGUUUUUGAAUACGGGUCACAGAGCAAUGCUAAAGAUCUUACAGGAGUAACAAUGACAAUGAUAAUGAUGCUAAAAUAGUGCAUUGUGUUGAGUAAGGAGUCCAGUUAUGUCUCAGUUCAAUGAUAAAAAUCUUCCACAAGUGACAAUGAUAAUGAUAAACAGUGCAUUGUGCUUUGUAUGUUAAAAGAAUUAUAUAUUUUUUUCUUAUAUUAUCAACAGGCCAAACUUUUCACAUUCAUUCCUAUUUGCUAUUUUUUUUCUGUUUUCGUCAUCUCUUCCUCCUCCUUUAUCAACUAGUCCUUUCUCCCUCAUUUUCUCCCUAUUAUUAUGUGUCUAUUAGGUAUUUCUUUCUAUUUCUGACUGUCUUCGCCUCUUCUUUCUCGUCCUCUACCAACUCCUCCCGCUCUUAUUUUCUCUCCAUGAUGUGAUCUCUUGCAUGCUAUACACAUUGUCAUUAUGGGUUGUAUGUAUAUAUAUAUAUAUAUAUAUAUAUAUAUAUAUAUAUAUAUAUAUAUAUAUAUAUAUAUAUAUAUAUAUAUAUAUAUAUAUAUUAGUUUUCUCGUAUUUUACUCCAUAACAAUCACUUCAGUAGUUAUCAGGGCUUACUUCUGACACUGAUAGUAUACACACACACACACACACACACGCAUACACACACACACACACACACACACACACACACACACACACACACACACACACACACACACACACACACACAAAGACUGCAGUGUUUUAGUGAAGGAAGCUGUGAAUAUAAUCUAGUCAUCAACACACACACACACACACACACACACACACACACACACACACACACACACACACACACACACGUAGUGUUGUAUAAAUCCUUGUAUGUAUGUAUCUUCUCUACGAUGGUGUAUAAUGACCUUGAAUUAACUGGUUGUAUGAAUAAUGACGUAUAUUUCUAUGUCACGAGGGUUGUAUGAUACAAAUAUACAUAAUGUAAAAUGACAGAAGAAUAUUACAUGUAUAUUGGAUAAAAAAUGAGAA